UUAAGCUAACACGUUUGUUUUUGCCUUAGCGUCAGCCUUUCCGUCAAGAUGAACGCGGUGGUCUGACAAGACCGUAAAAACAAAACGUGGAUGUAUACAGAUUUAAAAUUGUACUAUCUUAAUUUACAGAGUAUUUACACACCAGAAGCCGUGUUAGCCAGCACUCAAGAUGACACGCCGGGCCGGUGAGCGUCAUGGCGGGCACAGGAUUAUAUGCUUCCUGACCCUGAACGUCGCGUUUUUAUCAGCGGGAAUUUUGGCAAUUCAAGAAGAGAAUAAAGUCAUUAAAGAGGAGCAGCCUGUGGAGCUCCAGAAGGCCAUCACCGGUCAUGCACCUGGUCCAGCAGUGAGUGUCGAUGAGCCCAGUAAUAGAAACCUGGGCUUUAUUCAUGCCUUUGUGGCAGCCAUUUCAGUUAUCAUUGUCUCUGAACUGGGAGACAAGACAUUCUUCAUUGCAGCAAUCAUGGCUAUGCGCUACAAUCGCCUCACGGUUUUGGCAGGUGCCAUGUUGGCUCUGGGACUUAUGACGUGUUUGUCAGUCCUGUUCGGCUAUGCCACUACCAUUAUUCCACGGAUCUACACUUACUACAUAUCGACAGCACUGUUUGCCAUCUUUGGAUUGAGGAUGCUGAGGGAGGGACUGAGGAUGAGUGCUGAUGAAGGGCAGGAGGAGCUAGAGGAGGUUCAGGCUGAGAUAAAGAAAAAAGAUGAGGAGCUUCAACGCUAUAAGCUGGCAAACGGAGGGCCCGAUGUGGAGGCAGGGUCGGCAGCGACCAUGUUGCCCCAGAGGAAGUGGCACAGUGUGAUCUCACCCAUAUUCAUUCAGGCACUCACCCUUACCUUCCUCGCAGAGUGGGGUGACCGUUCUCAGCUUGCCACAAUCGUACUGGCUGCAAGAGAGAAUCCAUUUGGAGUAGCAGUUGGUGGAACCUUGGGACACUGCCUGUGCACAGGACUGGCUGUAAUUGGUGGAAGGAUGGUGGCUCAGAAGAUAUCCGUUAGAACUGUUACAAUCAUUGGUGGAAUCGUAUUCCUUGCCUUUGCAUUCUCUGCCCUCUUUAUCAAGCCCGAUUCUGGAUUCUGAUUGAAGAAGUGACUGUUGGUUUCAUUUAGUACAUGCAAUCAUCACAGUACAACCCAGAAUAAGGGAUACAAAUGGAGAGAUUGUAAAUUUUUGGAUGGCUUGUUUGUUGUGUAUUUUUUUUUUUGUGUGUGUGUGAAACAAUAAUUUACUGCUCAUGUCUUAAUGAGCAUUUUAGUUUUUUUUUCUUCUCUUAAUUCCUCCAACACCCCCCAUCCCCCCCAGUAUUCCAACAGUUGACUUGAACUAUUAGUCAUACAGUAUUUUCCUGGGCUGGCACAUACAUAAUGUUUUAAAUAACCAAUCAUGAACCUUUUUUCAUAUUGUUUUACCGUGUGAUUGAUCAGUGCACUUUGGGUAAAUCCUGGCCCUUCAAACUUGGUUUCAGUCUAAUAUAGAUAUGCCCAAUUCUCCUUCACUACAAGAACAACUGUAAAACUAAAACUGGAUCAGCCAUAAAAUGCACCCUUCAACAUCCCCAUGACUCCCUGUACUGUCUAAGCACUGCACAGCAUUAAAUCUUCUUGCAUCUCAGGAGCAUUCUUGGGUAAGAACCUCAGCAAUAUAGCAGUAUAUUGUAAUUCCUUUAACCAUAACAAACAUACUUGUUAUGAAUGUUGUACAAAAAGUACUGUAAUGAAAUUGCUUUUGCAAUACAGUACAGUCCUGCCUGUUGAUGAUUGGUGACGUUUUCUAUCCAUACUGUAAAGAAGUCGAAGGCUGAAAAACGCACUGCUUUACCAAUAGUAGUAUGAAUUUAUGUUGGGUUUACUUCUAGAUCGUCCAUCACAUGUGGCCUUUAAUCCAGACACAUUAUUAAUUGGUCAUUAUUGUUCAAUCAUAAAUGCAUUUAUGUCCAUAUGCACUUGAUACCUUCCCCAUAAGUCUUAUUGAAAUGCUUUUCACAGACUCUCUGAAAAGUAGAGAGUCUUGAGUCACACUUGAAUCUGCUCAUCAAGGAAGAGUAAUUUAAUGAUUUCUGAAGUCUGCCCUUUUUCCUUCGAGCAGUUUUUAUUUAUUCUUCUAUGGAGCCCUGGAAUGAGGAGAUUUUUUUUUUUUUUCAAUGUUAAAUAAUUUUAUUUGUGUUCAUUAGUCAACGAGGGGAUUAGCUUUGCUUUUUUGUAAUUUUUCAGGGUACUUCAUUGUCAAUAUUUGACAGGCAUUGUUUAACUUUGGAAAGUGUGUUGAAUUAUCUGUGACAGAGGAAUUUAAGUACAAAAACCUGUAAUUCCUGUAAAUAUUGAAUAAAAUCUCAGUCUGUCAGAUGUGGUUCUUUUUGAUAAUUUGAAUACUCAAUGUGUAACUUAAGAGCAAAUGAUGCUAUUUCUUAAUUCUAGCUCUAAAGGCUUAAGAACCUCUAGAACAUUUAAGUUAACAGAUGUGUAUAUGUUGCAUGUGAUGACAAUAAUAGCAUGUAUUAUAUGUAUGUAAAAAUAUACUUUUGAACAUACUGUGUUC